GUCGAUGACCAAUUGAAAGGCAAAAAGGAAGAGGUGAGAAGUUUACGCUAAAAACCAACAUUUUUGACUACUUUGCCCAAAUUACUUGCGCAAAGUUAUACCUGACCAAAACACCAGUGUUAUAAAAAUAAAGGAGCAAUAACUGGACCAUCGAAAUGGCGGUGAAUGUGUAUUCAACUAAUGUAACUUCGGAAAAUCUAUCGCGGCAUGAUAUGUUGGCGUGGGUGAACGAUUGUCUCCAAUCAAACUUUGGAAAAAUAGAAGAAUUGUGUACUGGAGCUGCAUAUUGCCAGUUUAUGGACAUGCUGUUCCCAGGCAGUGUACCAUUGAAGCGUAUCAAAUUUAAGACAAAUUUAGAACAUGAAUACAUACAAAACUUCAAAAUAUUACAAGCUGCAUUCAAAAAAAUGAGUGUUGAUAAGAUAGUACCCAUUGACAAAUUGGUGAAGGGUCGUUUCCAAGAUAACUUUGAGUUUUUGCAAUGGUUCAAGAAAUUCUUUGAUGCCAACUAUGGAGGCACGGAAUAUGACGCGGUGGCGCAGCGUGAGGGCCUCCCCAUGGGUCACGGAGGUGCCUCAGCCCCGAGGCAAGCGGCCCCUAAGAAAGUCGCAGCGCCAGUUGCCAAAGUAGCAGCCAGACCCCAAAGCAUUGUCAAAGCAAACAAUGCAGUGAGGUCGCCGCCCGUUAAUUUAUCGAGAUUAAAUCAAAGUGCUAAAGGAGAUUCAAAAAUCCUUGAUGAUCUCAACCAUCAAGUAAAUGAAUUGAAGGCAACAGUCGACGGCUUGGAAAAAGAAAGGGAUUUCUAUUUCGGCAAGCUCCGGGAUAUAGAGGUGAUCUGUCAAGAGAUGGAAGAACAACAGAACGCUCCCAUUGUUCAGAAGAUUCUUGAUAUUUUAUAUGCAACUGAGGACGGAUUCGCGCCUCCAGAAGAGAUAGACGGUGACAAUCCUCAUCCGCCCGAGGAAGACGAAUACUGAGCGUGCUACAUCUACGCGUAUUUAUAGUAUUCUUGUAUAUUAUCAACUAGAAAUUAUAUUGCUUAACAAUCAUCAAACAGUAAGAGUGCUUGGUAUUUCACAGCCAAUAAGUCGUCAUUAUAAUUAUACAAUACUUAUCAAAUUUGAAAGUAGCCCUUGUGGGAUGGCAGUUCUACCAAGGAGUUUUUACAAUAAAACUAUUGUUACUACUACAAAUAUAUUAGAUAUGAUCAACCUAUGUUUUGUUAUGUAAAAUUGUAUAUACACACUAAUGUGAAUUGGUGUCAUCUCUAUGUAAUUACCGUCUAGUAUUCUUGCAUAUGGCUGUGUCAUAUCUAAGUACAUUCCAAUUAUUAUCUGGAGCGUGAUUUCUUGACUGAAAUACUUCUAAAUUCUGAAUGUUCCUUCUGUGGAAUCAUGACGUCAUUGUGUUGAACUUUGCUUGAAAAACCCUAGAUACAACGCCGCCUGAUAAUUAUAAUAAUCAUGGAAGUAGAUAUUUUCUGACAACAAAUAACUCCAUAAUGAAAAUUACAUAAAAUCACUUAAACUUAAAAUUUUACUAAUUAAUAUGUGUAAACUAGCCAUAUGAUGCUUUUAAACACUGCGAUCUUGUACUUGACGCGUCAUUGUUGUAUCUAUGGUUUUUUAAUCAACCUUUGAUUAAAAUGAUAAAGAUAAAUACGGCGGUUAAUUGUGCAAUUCGAUGCUAAUGGAGUGCUUCUUGAUGUCGUCUUGAUCAUCUAUAUUAUACAUUAAUAGGCCGCUGUCGCCUGUAUAAACAUGCAUUUAAUAGUUUGUUAAAAUAUUGGGAGAGGUUUACUGUUACUUGUUUAAUUCUGUUGAAAAUGUCAAAAUUGGCCAAUAUUAUUACUAUUAUUAAUUCAAUAUUGUCAGGCUCGAGAUAUGAAAGCUAGAUCUGAAACUAUUAUGUCGGUGUGUUUGUAUUUAAAAUUAUGUAUUUAACUAUUCGGAUAUUGUUGAACCUUGGUACUCGGUGAAUGGUUCCAUGUAGUUGUGAUAUUAACAUGACCACGAUUUAGGUUAAACAAAUACAAGACUUGACAAUGUUUGCACUAUUGUAACUAACUUUAGGAGAUAUGUGACUAAUAAAACAGAUUAAUUUUAAUAUUUUAUUUAGUGAAACAGAUAACAGCGGAGCAAAUAACGACUUGUUGGCCGAAAGAUGUUAUUCGCUGGUUAAGAUUUAAAUAGAUCACUUGGAUAAAAGUGAAAAGGAAAAUACGGUACAUUGAAAUCAAACCAAGACAACAUUUUAAUCAUCAGUAGGACUCUUGUGAAUGCGUUUUUUUUAUAUCAAUCGAGGAAGGGAGAUGAAGCGAUGAGAUUCAACAUUAGCAUGAGCGAGUCAGUCUCGUGACGGCCGCGCUGUUUCUACACGCUUUGUCUCACUACCGCAUAAUGUACGACGUGUAUUUGUCUUUCUUUUACACAAUGGUGGCAAUUCUAUCGAAAGAAACUAGAUUAAUUUUAUUCCUAUCAAACUAUAUUUUUAAUUCUGUAAAUACCUAAAGUAACAAGUAAUAUAAUUAAUAGUGUUUUCUACUCUGUUUCAAAAAGUAGUAAGUGUUAUUUUAAUUCACGACAAAAAAGGAAAAUGUUUUACUGUAUUCAAAUAUGGAAAUUAUUGAAGUGAAACUUUUGUUAGUUGUUGCGAGUAUAUUUACAUAGUAAGCAAUUGUAAUUUUAACGGAAUUUAAGUCUCCGUGUCCCGUUUCGUAUUCGUAUUUUCCCGUUUCAUUUCUAUCUGAGAUAGAUAAUUAAUUUAUUUACUUUAGCAUUCAUAAAUUGCCUUAACAGCUGAUGUAAGCCUCGAUUUUGAGAUUGUGAAUGUCUUAUCAAAUAAAAUAAUAACUUUAU